AGGUCAAAGUCACAGCCAUGGAGUCGAACAUCUGACGUUUGUUGCCUUUUCCCUGGACGUGGCAAACCGACUAGACGAGCAGCUUCUUUUCUUUUAUCUCGUCCCUGCCUCGCCUUCCACUGCCUCAGAGGGGAUAAACUAAUUGUAAUGGUAGCCCCACAGGAUGAAAUUUCAAUGGCGGUCGUUUGGGUACAAGUCCAAGGUGGUGGUGCUGUGCUCGGUGGCAAACUUCAUAAACGCUGCCGACCGAGUGCUCAUGCCCCUGGCCAUCGUGCCCAUGACCAGUGAGUACAAGUGGAGCCUCUACUGGCAGGGCUGGAUCCUCUCGGCCUUUGCCUUCGGAUACUUCACAAGCCAGAUUAUCGGAGCCAAUGCUGUCAACUCGUAUGGUGGACGUAGGGUGCUAUGUUUUGCUGUUUUACUUUGGUCACUGUCUACCGUGCUGACGCCCCUCGCUGCUGCGUCGCUGCCGGCCCUCAUCUGUGCCAGGACCAUACUGGGCCUUGGGGAGGGACUAGGUUUGCCAACAAUCUUUCAGCUCUUUGCUCAACAUGUCCCGGCAGAGGAGCGGAGCCGGGCCUUUGGUUACAUGGUUGCUGCUGGGUCCGUGGGGCAGACUGUGGCGUCGCUGUUUGUGCCUCACAUCGACUGGCGGAUAAGCUUUGAGAUCUUCGGCAUCCUGGGUCUUGUGUGGGUCGUGUGCUGGCUCUUCACCUACCACGACCCCCCCAUGCUGGCUGACGAGGAGGGGCAGCAGCUAUUGGAAAAGGAGUUGCUUUGUGUGACGUGGACUGAAUGGAUAAGCCACUGGUCUCUGUGGUCUAUAUACAUCGCACACUUCGCCAUGAACUGGAGCAACUAUAUCAUCAUGCAGUGGCUGCCAACGUACCUCUCGAGAACACUUGGGGCCAACAAGGAGAGUAUGAGCCUCACUGCCGUGCCUUAUAUUGUUAGUUCUCUGUGUGGAGUUGCCUGGGGUCACGUGGCGGAUCAGCUGGUCACCGUGGGCUGGCCGGUCCUGCGUGUUCGUCGCCUAAUGACCCUCCUCGGCCUUAUGGGUCCCGGACUCUGCCUUGCAUUCUUCCCGGAGGUUACGAAUCUGGUGGUGGCUGUUUUAGUGAUAUCCGUGGCCAUGGGAAUGUGCUCAGCCAACUCAGCAGGUCACCUCAGUAACCACGCUGAUGUUGCCCCCAAUCAUGCUGGAAUCACCUUCGCCAUAUCAAACACAUUCGCGACGAUACCUGGGAUCCUGUGCGGGCCGGUGACUGCCGAGCUUGUGGUCACCUCGCAUGGGCGCUGGUUCCCUGUGUUCUUCCUGGCUGGGACCAUCAACUUCACCGCGGCAAUGAUCUACUACACACAGAGCUCCGCCAGACCCAUUCUAUGACACGAACAAAGAUGAAUUUUAUAUAUUGGUUUUGUUACUGUGUGUUUCUAUUUGUAAGGCGUCAGUGGUCAUGAAGUGUAAGUUAGGUGACUCAUCAGUAUUGUGUUGACUGCUCAUACACACACACACACACACACACACAAACACACACACACAGAUAGAAGCAUUCAGAACUAGUGGUGAGGUCAACACAUAACACUGUACGUAUAUAUAUAUAUUAAUAAAUGAAUGUUCUACUUCUUUCUUCCUUUCCCUCAUGUUCAAAAGGUUAUGGACGUGUGUGUGUGGUACAGGAGAGAGAGAGACAUAUAUAUAUAUUAAUAAAUGAAUGUUCUACUUA